AUGAACAUGAAUUACUCACAGCAACCCAUGAAUAACACGACGAUCUCAAAAGAUACUGGUGAAUCUUCCAUUGCGUUGAAUGAUCCACAAGCUACACCCUUCUACUAUCCUCAUCAAACCCAAACUCAACCUGGUUCAGUAGUUGUAGGAAUGAGUAAUUACCCCCAACAACCACCUCAAACCAUGUACAUUCAACCACAAGGACAACCCGUACAACAAGUUUACAUGACAACCUCUAACCUUCCUCCAGGAACGACCGCCGUGUAUUAUCAACCAACCAUGCCAGGACAGCCUUAUGUCGUUCAAUCAGCAACCGUUCCAACGACGAGUAAUAUUACCACUCAACAGCCUACAGUGAUGGCAACCACAACAACAUCUCUCCCGACAGGUGUGAAUGUUUCCUCUUCCUUCUCAACUCCUGAAGGUUCACAAGCUCAGAAUGCGUUCAACACGGCUUUGUUGGUUUCCAUGUUGAUGUGGUUCUUUGGUAUUGGCUUUUGCUUUUCAUGUUUCUUUUGGAUUCCAGUGUUAAAGUAUAAAAAAUCCAAUGACGCCACUGCACGUCGAUAUGGAACGUAUGGACAGUAUGGAUUUGUAAUUACGACAGUUCUUAAUGUGAUUACUUUUAUAUUUAUUAUCAUACCGAUCAUUGUUGCAGUUGCCAUUACAUCCAGUUAUCGUAGAAGGUGA